UCAACUUGACAUUUCUAUUGAACGCAUGUAAACGUUCAAGCAGGUUCAAGCAUUUCUGUGCAAGCGGCCAAUGAAGCUACCCGCCGAGGCUUUAUAAACUGAAUUUAUUUUCCAACAAUUUAAACAACGUCUUCAAGAAGUAAACAUUUUAUAUUAAAAUGACUGAGGAAGUUAACCCGAAGGCUUAUCCGCUGGCGGAGCAGGCACUGACCUCCAAAAUCAUGACUCUCAUCCAGCAAGCAGUGAACUACAAGCAAUUGCGGCGAGGCGCUAACGAGGCGACGAAAACACUAAAUCGUGGUUUGUCCGAGUUUAUCGUGAUGGCGGCAGAUGCGGAACCACUCGAGAUUAUUCUGCAUUUACCUCUGCUGUGCGAGGACAAGAACGUUCCGUACGUUUUCGUUCGCUCGAAGCAGGCGCUAGGGCGUGCUUGCGGCGUUUCUCGCCCAAUUGUUGCCUGUUCGGUUACAAUCAACGAGGGCUCGCAGCUGAAGCCGCAGAUUGUAACUAUCCAGCAGGAGAUCGAGCGUUUACUGGUUUAACGUGUAAUGUACAAAUUCCGAUAGCUUUAUGCCACAGUUAAGACAACUUGAAUAUUUUGAUAGCAAUGGUGGAAAUAAAUUUCGAAAUAAGGAAUUUUAAAAAA